AUGGCUAGGACCAAAGCCAAGGCUUUGUCUGCUGGCUCCACCCUGUUCACCUUUUCAACAUGGCAGAUGUACCCAGGUGAAUCACGCUCACCUUCCCAACUCUGGGAAGCAGGCGGCGGCGUGUCGGCCCGGAGCGUGGCGGGGGCGCUCGCCCAGACCCUGGCGACGGCCACCACUCCGGUGUCCACCCCGGGCCCGAGUAGUGCAACUCCAUCUCAGCCCCCCGCCACUUGUAGUUCCCGUUUCCGCGUGAUCAAGCUGGACCACGGGAGCGGAGAGCCGUACCGGCGCGGCCGAUGGACGUGUAUGGAAUACUACGAGAGGGAUUCGGAUAGUACCCGCUCCGGGGAUUGCAUCCGCCACAGCAAUACUUUGGAGCAGACUGCCGAGCGGGACAGCGGGCUGGGCGCCACCGGAGGGUCGGUGGUGGUGGUGGUGGCCUCCAUGCAGGGGGCGCACGGGCUGGACUCGGGAACUGACAGCUCCUUGACUGCUGUGUCACAGCUACCCCCGUCGGAGAAAAUGAGCCAGCCCACUCUCGCCCAGCCGCAGAGUUUCAGCGCUGGGCAGCCUCCGCCGCCCGUAGGUGGGGCUGUGGCUCCAAGUUCGGCACCGCUGCCGCCGUUCCCGGGAGCGGCGACUGGGCCGCAGCCCAUGCCGGCAGGAGCUCUGCCAACCCAGCUCCAGGGAGCCGUGGCAGGCGGCACCCUCCCGGGGCCUGUUGGCCAGGCUCUGCCACCGACGAAUGUAAACCUGGCGCCGCCAGUGGGCCUGGCCACCCAACCAGGCCCGGCGGUGGGCUCCUCGCUGCCGCAGCAUCCCCAGCAGUUCGCGUAUCCCCAGCCUCAGCUAACACCCGGGCAUUUGGUGCCCGUGCAGCCCUCCGGCCAGAGCGAGUACCUGCAGCCGCACGUGGCCCUGCAGCCGCCCAGCCCUGCGCAGCCCUUGUCUUCAAGCGCUGGCGCGACCUCGGCUUCGACGGCCAGCUUUCCUUUGGGCUCUGGCCAGAGCGUCUCCUCCUUGGGUGCGCAGAUGAUGGGCGCCCCUUCCCAGCCCAGUGAAGCUCCAGGUCCGGUUCCUGGCGUCCAGACCGCUCCUUGUCAGCCGGCGGGGGUGGCCCCAGCUGCUAUGGGAGGCGUGGUGCAGCCAGGCUCGGGGCUUCCCGGGGCUGGGCAACCCCAGUCCGUGCAGCCUCCGCCGCAGAUGGGGGGCAGUGGUCAGCUGUCAGCCGUGCCUGGUGGUCCUCACACCGUGGUGCCCGGAGUUCCAAACGUGCCUGCCGCGGUACCCGCUCCAAGCGUGCCUAGUGUGCCCACCACUUCUGUUACUAUGCCAAAUGUACCCGCGCCUCUGGGCCAGUCUCAGCCGCUGAGCAGCCAUACGCCAGUCAGCCGGAGCAGCAGCGUCAUCCAACAAGUUGGGCCGCCCUUAGGGCAAGGCACACAUAGUGCACCAACGAGCCUACCACAGUCUGACCUAAGCCAGUUUCAGACUCAGACACAGCCUUUAGUCGGGCAAGUUGACGAUACUAGAAGAAAAUCAGAACCCCUACCUCAACCACCACUUUCUCUCAUUGCUGAAAAUAAGCCUGUUGUGAAGCCUCCAGUUGCAGAUGCCCUGGCAAACCCCCUUCAGUUAACACCUAUGAACAGUCUGGCCAGCUCUGUAUUCAACAUAGCUAUUCCUGUUGAUGGUGAUGAAGACAGGAAUCCUUCAACUGCUUUCUACCAAGCGUUCCAUUUGAACACGUUUCAGGAAUCAAAGAGCCUCUGGGAUAGUGCAUCUGGGGGCGGUGUUGUAGCCAUUGACAACAAAAUAGAACAAGCAAUGGAUCUGGUGAAAAGCCAUUUGAUGUAUGCAGUAAGAGAAGAAGUGGAAGUUCUAAAGGAGCAAAUAAAAGAAUUAGUGGAAAGAAACUCUUUACUUGAACGAGAAAAUGCACUGUUAAAAUCUCUUUCAAACAAUGAUCAGUUGUCCCAACUCCCAGCCCAACAGGCCAAUCCUGGUAGCACUUCUCAACAACAAGCAAUGAUAGCACAGCCUCCUCAGCCAACGCAACCUCCACAGCAGCCGAAUGUCUCCUCAGCAUAAAGCUUUCUUAAGCCUCAUUAAGGAAAAACUGAAAGCAAUCUUUCCUUGUGUGCCACUGGUGUUCUUUCCACUUUCUAGAAAGCAAGUAGCCAUUGCUUCGGCUGUGUGCUUGGCCUUUUCAGUAUUAGACAAUCGUUCUACAGGAGCUUUCCCUCUCUGAGAUGUCAUGCAGCACUGUUGAUGUCCACUUCUGUCAUCAGGACAUGAGGAGAAUAAUAGACGGGGUUUAUUAAAGCAAGCAGAGUCUACAUUCUACAUGUGCGCAUGAGUGGGAUCUUUAGAAGUUUUGGUGGCUCUCCCAUGUUCCUUAUCACCCGUGGGUUUACCUUGAGCCUUCCUGUCACAUUAUAUAUAACAGUUCAUCUAAAGAGCCACUUUUCUUUCAAUAUCAGUAACAUUUGCCUACGUAAGUUUUCAUUUAUUUUAUGUUUUAUUUAUUACAGGGCUGCUAUUUUCAUAAUGUACAUGAACAAUGUCACAGAACUUUUUUAAUUUUUUGGAUAAUUAUAAGUAUCAGUAAAGGAAUUGAAAGACAGGAUUACAUUUAAUAAAAUGUUUAGGCAAUAAUUGAACAAAAGAAUCCUGGCACAUUUCUAACACUAAUGGCAAUUUACCGUUGGUAUUUAUUUUCAAUAGUAAAGAUCCAGCUUGAAUGUAAAUUUUGUAUAGUGUAAGUAUGAAAAACACAGUGCACCUGUGACUGUAUACAGGUAGUCACCAGUUAUUGUGAUAUAAUAAAUAAUUGGGCUAUUUUCAUGAAGAAAACUUUGUUCAUUUGUUUCUACUUUCUAAUAGAAAUUGCCAUGAUUCCUCUGCUUUUCAACAUUUCGUAUGACUUUUUUUUUUUUUUUUUGGGUGGGAAUAAAAAAGCUGUGAAAUUGUUCAACCUACUUUGUAACCAAAGAAGCAAAGCUGUGUAAUGGAGUUUUGUUUUGUUUUAUAAUGCACAUUCUUUAUGUAUUUUUAUUUAGUGUUUUCUUGGUCACAAUUUUCUUUGCUGUCUAGCAUGAUCUGCAUGGCCUGUAAUCUUUGAACCACUUUCGUACCUCAUGUUUUAUCCAGCACUCUUAUUGUACUGUGUACUAGUCUGUGAACAAUGUCAAAUAAAAAGAACGAACAGGUCGUAUGGUGGAGCUGAGCUAGUGUACAAUGCACCAGUUGUACAAAAACAAAAAUGAAGUGAGCCAUCUUUUGUUCAUUUAAAAUGGUGUUUUGAAUUUCAUAUGCAGAAAACGUUUUGUUACAUUGCAGAUUUUAAUGUAUUUAAUAAAUGCAACAUGCAGAUUAAGUGCAGUGUAUACUGAGUAUUUAAAUUAAAAUGUACAUUUCAUAAAUACAGUUUCAAGAGAAAGCAUCAUUUUGUGUAUACUAACACAUUAAGUGUAUGUCAGAAAUUGAUGUAAAAAUAUAUAUUUUAACACAUUUUCUGAAAUUAAACUGCAGUUUUGUUCAAAUAUUUGGCUCUAUAUGUGUUCAGAAUUUGACUAGAUUUGUAUUUUCACAGUUUAAAAUAAUUCCUUAAAUGAAAACCCAUGAUGUUAUUAAUGACAAUGAUAGUUCUUAAAUUUUCAAAGUAAAAUAAUUUAAAGAACAUGAGAAUGGUGAGCAAUAUUUGUACUCAAUAUUCAUAUUAUGUUAACAAUAUAAAUAGAAAAUCCUCGUCUACCAAAACUUUUACUUGAAUUCAGAAAGGUGCCUGUAGAAAUUAACAUGUCCUGUAUGGGUAGCCCACUAACUAAUUCAUUCUUAAUGAGAAACAGUAGUUAGGUCUCCACGCUAGAAGAGAUCAAAUGUUCUUUAUCUAUUUGAAUCAUUCUAGCCUCAAAUGAAAGUCAUAAAAUCGAAACACGUGAAAUUACCAAAUAUUUUAUAUUCUAGUGCUAUGGGAAAUAAUGCUCAGUAAGCAAAUUUUUCAUGUUGAUUAGUAACAUUAGAAAUACUUAAGAGAAAGAGCUAGAUAAGUAUGUAGACUUGAGUAAGUAAGAACUCUUAAGGCUGCAGAGUGAGAUUCUAGUAGAGCCACCAUGGGCACAGGAGGAUGUGAACCUGCUGUUGGAAUGUGAGCCCUAAGAUUACCUUGGUGCCCUUCCAAUGCUAACAGUGAGGGACCUCACACAGUGAAGAGCUAGAAAAGGGUUGCAGGAGAACACAGAUAAAUGGCAGACUGCUGCCUAAGAAUGCACAAGAUCUCUUUGAUGCCUGGCACGGGAAAAAAGAAAAAUUUAGUGUGAUUUUUGUGAAGCUAAGAAGUGAGUUUUUAUUCUAGAGAUAGAAAAGCAUUUUAUAAACAAAAUGUAAUAGUAGUCACCAAGGAAAUGAUUAAUAUUUUAUGGUUUAAAAUGGUAACAACAGUUGCCACUACUUCUAUUCUUUAAAAGGGGGAGUCUUAGAAAAUAGUUAAAAACAAAUAAAAUUGGUUCCAAAAGGCUUAAUCUCUAGUAUACUAAGAAAUGUAAUCAGUUAUGUCAUCUUUUAAAUAGCAGGAGUUAGUGUAGUUCGUAAGAUGGGCUUUCCUAUGUUCUCCAGGAUGAAAUUUGGCAAUGUCUAUUAGGAGCUUUAAUAUGAAUAAGCUAGCUCAGUAGCAUGAUGCUUAACUCGAGGUGCAGUGUUUAAAAAACGCAAGUGUGUGCCUGUCCUGUGUGUUCACUCCUUCCCUUAGAACUCAGAAGUUUUAUUGAUCACCUACUCUGCCCCUUAAGAUUGUCAGUGAAGUUUACAUCUAAAUCCGAUCCCAUUUCCAUGAGGCACAUUGCACUGCAGAGUCAGGAACAAAUGUGGGCAGGGUAUUUGUGCUUUUGUUAGGAAAUAAUCGAAUUUUAAUUUCUCCCUAAUUGGUUUGUUUGGGAUCUUCAUUUAGAUCUCUGUUGGGGUUAGAGUCUCCAAAUACAUAGAAUAUCAGCUAGUUGAAAUUCCAGUGUAGGGGCAAGUCUUAAAGGAAUAUCAUCCACCUUUGGUUUUCUCAGUCUCAGCCUACAGAACAGGUGCUACUACAGAAACUGUGUUGGCUUAGUUUUCUGAUACGACCGUGCAUGUACAAUUGGAACCUAACUUUGCACAAAGAAAAUUAAUUUUUAAGUAGUUCUAAUAUAAUCUUGAAAUGCAUCCAAUCAAACAAAACUGUGUGAAGAGUUGGAGAACUAACUGUUAGAUGAAACUGUUUGGCCCUGGUGACAAGUCCCAUAUGAUAGAUACGUUUAAAUUCUCUUCAGAGAAUUCUGUUAAAGGAGAAAACCCUAUCCUCGGAAUUCACAACUGAGACUACACAAACCAACCAAUACAAUGAUCCGAGAAAUACAGUCAAGGAUGGAUUGUUUUGCCCAGGGCUUUCCUGAAAUGUGGCGCCUGAGUCUUGAAGGUCCCAAGAGACAAGAGGAAGAAGGGCAUUCCAAACCCAAGAAAAGCCUGCUGAAAGCUCCAAGGACAUAAACAGGGCUCCUAAAAAGCACAGGAUUUAUGGGAGAGACCAGAAGUAAUUGCCCCAUCCAUGUUGGUAGUUUGAAAGUGUUGACAAGAAUGACUGCUUUGAUGAUGGCCAGUGGGAUGUGCUCAGUUCAGUCCAAUGGUAGAGUGGCUGACGGGAACUGGAGACAAUUUAGAAAAAAUAAUCGAGAAAAUGAGAGCAUUCCGUGGGCAAAUUACCCGACGUUUAUUGAAGUUGAAAAUUCCUCUACCCCUUUUCUAUGAAUAUUCCACUCUCAGUAUCGGCACUUUGUUCUCUUUUGUUUCUUUGAGGAAGCAACACCUCAGCCAAUACUUGAAAGUUUGUCAGUCUUACGUCCAGGAGCCCUGCAUCUCUGCAACACUAACAAUGUCUUUGCUUCCCGUUGAAGGAAUUGCGAGAAUUUAACAGGAAAAUGAGGCAGACAGGAAUUUGGUCACUCUGUGCCUCUGUAAAUUCAGCGCAGUGGUAAACAAUUAAAUACUCCGGUGAGUGGGAUCACCAUAAUUCUACAGCCUCUUGCUCCCUGAAGAGGUAGUCUGAGUUCUGACUCUGGUGCAGGUACAGACUUGUAAGGAUAGGUUUUACUUAGCUUUGCCUUUCAUUCUCUACAUAGGUCAGACCCACAGCCUUCUCACCCACACUCGGGUUUUCCUGCCCCCUGCUGUCAGCCCCCUAAGUAAUUCGUGUUUCUGUUUUCUAAUGCUAAUCACCUCUGGUGUUUACUUGCACCCGUUGACAAGCUGACAUUCCAAGGUACAUCUCUGUCUCAUAUUUCCAUAUCAGGUUACGAAUUUCUCCAUCUAAAUCUCUUCCAAUGCACAUCUUCUCUGGUUAAGUGAAGGAUAAUGCAAGUGUGCCCUUAGUGGGCUAUCAUUGGUCUGCCAAGUUCAAAUGUAGAAAUUGCUUUUAAAAAGUACUAUAGAAAGCAAUGUAAAGUUCACAGACCUGUACUUUUUCUUUCCUCUAUGUUUUAAUGGAUUUGUCAAAAAAAAGAAAAAAUCGGCUGUCUUUUAGAAUUGGCGAUUGGUGAUGGCUAAAUAGCUGUUACUUGGCACUGGCACCGUCCACUUGGACACUGAAUCUGUCCAACAUGAUUGGAUAGUGAGUGAGCUUUAGUUUUUUUUUUUUUUUUCUUCUCAGGGGAACUGAUAAAGUAGGCAGUUUGGAGUAUUUUCUGACCACCUAGUGUCCUGGAUCCCUGUGUUUACUGACCAGGACCUGCCCACAGAAGCCAUAAUGUUCCUCUGAUAGAAGGAAGGAAAGGAGAUGUGCUGACUUUAGAAAAAUGAUUGAAGUUUAAGACAAGCCAAAUAACACCCUUCAGCUUCUCCAUAAUGAAAGUUGAGGUCACUUGUAGUUCUGACUGUUCACAUGCUUUCAUUAUUUCCCUAAAACAACUGUAAAGUGCUCUUGCCCACCACAAUCCGAAACGUCUUCCAGAUCAGUUUCUACUCUCGUUUCGUUAGCAAUCCGUGCAUCUAUAGCUAGAUAACCCUGAAGAAGACAGCAGACAAGGGAUCAUCUCUCACACAUGGCAUAUGUGAUACUAGGCCAGCGUCUAGUCCUAGCUCACUGAGAAAUAAAAUUUGCAAAUCUCUUGAUAAGAUAGUAGUCUUACAUAAACAAAUAUACAUGCCGAAGUUUUGGGAAAUAAUGUGGGCUUUAUUUUCACUUUUAUUUCAUAGAAACGUUGGCAAGCAAUUCGAUUCUAUCUCAACUUAGGUGCUUAAACCUACAUGAAUGUUGGAGAACAGAAAGCUGUUUAGGGGAUGAUCUGUGCCCCCCC